AUGGGGAUCGUCACUGCACCGUGUCCACCCGCAAACCCCAGUCAACUGCUUGCAACACACACACACACAAUUCUUUCAGUCAGCAAUGUUCCGCGCUGCAAUGCAGUGAAAUCGUGUGUUUUAUCGAAUACAAUACACACUGCUGUGUUCCGUUCUCAGCUUGGUGGUCUCUACUGUCGGAUUCUCGGGUGCCGUUUUCCCCAUUCUGAGCUCAAUUGGUCGCUCUUUUCCACCGUGAUUGAGUUUCCUACGUCUGGGUUUGUGUACAUCUACAAGACGAUGUCGAUAGAGUUGUUCCGGCUCCCACAGUUUGAUUCCUCGGUGGUUCUGUACGGAAAGAUACGUGUAGCAUCUUGAUGAGUAGCAAGGAUUGUCAAAGCCAUUUCAACCCUGCAUUACCGAUACCGUUGCGGUGGAUUCUGCUGCUGCUGCUGCUACCCAUCCUGAUGUCGGAUCGAGGAAGUGCACGGGUGGACUGUUGCUGCCGCUUAGGCGUGCGUUUGCUUGUCUUGGCUUGAAACUUCUGCUUGUCAGUUUUCGAGUUUCUGUUGUGACUCUACAAUAACCCACUUCUAGAUGUGAGGUUUUGCGUUGAGAGUUGCAAUUUUGUGCAGUGGCUACCAAAGAUCAGUCAGAAGCUACACUGUACCGCUAAUGGACUCUAUGUGAUGAAGGCUAAAUAAAGUACAUAUUAUUCUG